AUGCUCCUCAUAGUCACAUCAAUUGUUCUCCUUAGCACGGCUCAGGCACUCGUGCCGAAGCCGUACAACAUUGUGAACGACAAUAUGGCAGUUGAGAUCGGACCCGGCUUGGGAAUUCACCAUGACUACCCGGAAUGUGGAUUACUGAAUAAAGCCAUUAAACGAUUCGAGCACAAUCUUCGUACUCGUGCAAUGCCCCGGAAAGAUGCAGGACCGGUGGAAGGUGUUGUGAGUCAACUACGGAUAGAGAUCGCGAACGGAUGUGACGAAAGUCACGGUUUACUGUGGCCAUCGAUGGAGAUGAAAGAGAGCUAUAAUCUGUCAGUACGUCCGUUGGAGAUGAACAUCUCGGCUGAUGAGAUUUGGGGUGCAAUCCAUGGCCUGGAAACCUUGACCCAACUGGCCUAUGGGCAUCCAGCUGGCAAGAUUGUGAUCCAGGCUGUGCAAGUGAACGACAAACCACGAUUCCCACAUCGAGGUUAUCUGAUUGAUACGUCUCGUCACUUCUUGCCAGUGUCAUACAUAUUGCGAUUCAUUGACGCGAUGAGUAUGGUCAAAAUGAAUGUGUUGCAUUGGCACAUUGUGGAUGAUCAGUCCUUCCCGUAUGUGUCUCUCAAAUUCCCCGGGCUGUCGCAAAAUGGUUCUUAUAACUCGAAACACUAUGUCUACCAACCGGCCGAGGUGCAGGAUAUUUUGGAAUAUGCUCGACUUCGUGGUAUUCGAGUGAUGCCGGAGUUUGACACACCAGGACACACUCAAUCAUGGGGCCGCGGACAACCAGGUUUAUUGACCGAAUGUUACAAGGGUGAAAAACCGAAUGAGUACUACGGUCCAUUCAACCCGGCCCGAAACAGCACAUACGAUUUCAUGUGGAAGCUGCUUCAUGAGUUGGCUGAUGUGUUCCCCGACAAAUAUCUUCAUUUGGGUGGUGAUGAAGUUGAUUUCCGUUGUUGGUCAACCAAUCCGGAAGUGUUGAAAUUCAUGAACAAUAUGGGCAUGGGAAGGGACUUCUCGGCUUUGCAGAGUUACUACAUUAAACAAGUGGUUGACAUGACACGAAAGGUAACCACCAAACCCGGCAUGGUUCCUGUAGUGUGGCAAGAAGUGUUUGACCAUGGAUAUCGAACCGACAACAACACGAUAAUUCAUACCUGGAUGGGUGGAGACUGGAAAGGCGAACUACGUCGAAUUACUGCUGCCGGUUUCAAAGCUUUGUUUUCCUCAUGUUGGUAUCUGAAUUACAUUGGUUACGGUACCGAUUGGGUUGGACCAUACCGAUGCGAUCCGACCGAUAUAGGAGGAACUCCGGAACAAGUGAAACUUAUUCUCGGUGGUGAGGCAACUAUGUGGGCUGAGUUUGUGGAUGAAACUAAUUUGAUCAGUAGAUCAUGGCCUCGAGGUGCCGCGGUUGCAGAACGCCUUUGGUCACAACCGAAUUUGAAUGCUGAAGAAUUCAAAGGUCGUUUGAACAAUCUGCGCUGUGAAAUGCUGAGAGCCGGAAUACCUGCUGAACCAGUUGUUGGUCCUGGAUCAUGCCCUCCGAUUGUGAAGGAAAAGAAAUCCCUAUCGGGUGGUCUGUUAUCUAGCACUGUUAAAAAAAUCAAGGAUAUUAAAUGA